AUGCCGGGUCGCGCUCUGACUCCCAACGAAAUCAGUGGCUCCACACUCUUGAGUGCUUGUGAGAGGAGCCGCUCCUGGCGUCACGCGCUGCAGCAUCUCCGGUGGGGCCAGGGUGCUCGCAAAUUGUGCACCAUCGGGUGGAAUGCAGCGGCCAGUGCGUGCGUAGACGUUUGGCCUCAGGGCUUGGCACUUCUUGUGCCCUGGCUGCACACAGUCCUCAGUCUGUUCGUCGUGACGUGCACGGUCCGCCACGCAUGUGUUCGGCCGGAUUCUGAGCUUGCUAAGGCCAUGGAAAUCCUGCCGGAUACCAUCAGCUUCUUGGUGUUUGUGACAUCCUGCGCAUCGGACCGCAUCGGACCACGGGAAGCAACUAUCUGCUAUCUAGACCAUGAGGACUCGGUGACCUUUGGCACAGCGAUCACCGGCCUGAAACAAGGUCGCCGGUGGCGCUUUGCCACCGUGCUUUUGGGCAGCAUGGCGAUUCUGAGGGUACAGGAGGUCUGCCGUAGCUUCAGCUCGUGCAGCAGCGCCUGCGAGCAGGAAUCUCUCUGGGAGCCUGUGCUGACUCUGUUGAGGCGGAUGAGGAUCGUGAGCAUUCAGGGAGAUGAAGUUGGUACGAAUUCGCUUCUCAGUGCCUGUGGUCAGCAUGGCCACUGGGGCUUGGCACUGGGGGCUCUGCAUGGCAUGCCCGGGGGACAGCUGGCACCGGACCAGAUCAGCAUGAAUUCGGUCAUAGCCGCUUGCCGGACAGGUGCGCUUUGGCGGCUUGCCCUUCGACUAUUGUGCCGCUGUGUGCUCGUUGAACUGCUUCCCAGUGCUGUCACCUUUAACUCCGUCCUGGGCUCUCUGGAGCCGGAGACGUCUUGGUCCCGGCUGCUCGCUUCGCUGAACCACAUGAGGGACCACCUCGUGUCCCCAAGCAUCAUCAGCUUCAACACAGGCAUUCAGCUACUGGAGAAGAGCCCCUGUUGGAGCCGCAGCCUGCAGCUGCUAGCUCUCGCGGGGCGGCUUUGCGUGCGACGCGAUGCCGUGAGCUUGACAGUGGUUCUCAACAGCAUCGUUGGAUCUAGCCGCUCGAGCCUUUGGUUCUGGGCCUUGGCGGCCAUCGCCGGGGCACGCCGGGAGGCGCUGCGCGCCUCCGACGCUGGACUGGGAGUUGCCAUCCAGUCUGCUGUCAGCGGCAGCCGCUGGAGCCGAGCGCUGGAUUUGUUGCACGAAGGGUUGCCCACGGAGCUGAGCCGUCUGGCAGCUGUUGAGGCCUGUGAGAUGGGUAGCUUACAUCGGGCAGCUGCUUCGCUGCUGGGAGAGGUGACUGAGACCACCAGCUCGGUCAUGGCGGCUGUGAGGAACAGGAUGCACGCCCCACUUAGCUGUUGUGAUUCCCCUGCCUCGUCUCGAACUGACCUCUGA